AUGUCAGUCGACAACAACUUGGUUGGGAGGCUUGCGCUCAUUACCGGUGCCUCAGGAGGUAUUGGGGCAGCCAUCGCCAAGGACCUCUGGGCCCACGGUGCCAGUCUAGCCCUCACCUACUGGAGCAGCCGCGAGAAGAUCGAUGCUCUUGUCGCCGAACUGGAGAAGUCUUCGACCAGGUCCAACACCAGGAUUUCGGUUCACCGCAUCGACAUGGGCACCCCCAACGACCAGGACUUUGACCUGCUGUUCCAAGAGAUAGUCCAACUGCAGGGCCAAUCCCCCAGCAUCCUGGUCGCCAACGCUGGCUACGGCAAGCGCUUCACGUACAUUGAGGACAUUGAGCUGGCCGAGUUCGACUACAUGAUACGCGUCAACCUGCGUGCCCCCUUCAUCCUGGCCAAGAACUGCGUGCCCGACAUGGCCAAGAACAAGUGGGGAAGGCUCAUCUUCAUCUCCUCCAUCGCGGCUUACGGCGGCGGCAUCAACGGACCCCACUACGCUGCCAGCAAGGGCGGAGUGACGAGCAUGAUGCGCAACCUGUCGGCCAGGUACGCAAAGGAUGGCAUCACGGCCAACGAUGUGGCGCCGGCCAUGAUCGGUGACACGGGCAUGAUCCCGAAUGCGAGGUCCGUGGAAGGCACACCGGGAGACGUCAGGAAUAUUCCCGUUGGCAGGCUUGGUUCCCCGCAGGAGGUGGCCAACACCGUGACGAUGCUGUGUCGGACGGGGUACCUUACCGGUCAGAGCAUCGUAUUAUCAGGAGGUUUGAAAUGA